AUGCCAGAGAAAAAGCAUAAGGUUAAGGGGAAGACCCUCAACUUAAAUGACUUUCUGGGAGGUGAUCAAGAGGCACCGUCGGGAUAUGCCGUAGUCAACACUCGUCUUAUCAACUGGGCGGACACAAUGGAAAAUGAAGCCGUCAACGAGAAAUUCACCAUGGACUACAAGCGAGACAAAAAGAUCAUUCUCCCGACAGCUCCAAAGGCUGCCUGUUGUCCGGAUGUUGACUUAUCCAAGGUUCCCAACCGACCGCCCUACAUGGUCUACCUGGGCAACCUGCCAUACGACGUCUGCGACGAUGACGUCAUCAAACUUUUUAGUGGCUUGAAGGUGUCGUGCGUACGCCUGCCCAGAGAAAGAGGCGACAGAGGUCGCAUGCGUGGCUUCGGCUACGCUGAAUUUUCAGACCAGAGCACUCUCUUAGAAGCCUGGGACAACGAGAACCUGAGAAGCCGGUCCAUAAAAGUGAGCCUAGCCGAGGAGCACGACAACGAAGGUUGUCGUGGUUACGACGAUGAUGGCGGCUACCGCUGGCCUGGAUUCGGGCGGGACUCUGACCGAGACGGCGGUGACUAUGGCCGUGACAGGUUCUUGAGAGACCAACCUCGUGGGUUCGGAGACCGCGACCGAGGUUUCGACCGCGGCUUCGAGCGUCGGGGCGGGCUUGGAGGCUACGACAGGCCAAGGGAUCGAGACUACGACCGGGAUCGAGGUUUUGGUGGUGGUGGCAGGCGAGAGUGUGGGAGCAGCUUCAGAAACGACCGAGAUGACCGGUUCAGCCGGGAUGAUCGGUAUAGCCGGGAUGACCGGGACGACCGGGAUCAGGACUUUGCGUCGCGGGAGCACAAUAAUCUGGCGCUCAAGCCUCGCUCUGUGCCAGUGGAAGAGAACAAGGAGGCCGCUGCCGUGCCCAAGGCCCCCGAGCCUGCACCUAAGGCCUCGUCGGCCAUUUUCGGCAUAGCGCGACCCGUGGAUACGGCUGCUCGAGAGCGUGACAUCGAAGCACAGCUUGCUCGGCAGCGUGAGGAAGAAGAGCGCCGACAGAUCUGGGACCGGGAACCCUUUCAGGACAGUCUCAAGGACGACCGGGUGUGGCUCUCUAUAGUGCCGGCUCGGGAUGCACCAGAGGAAGACGAGACAGUCGACCGGUUCGGGGUUGUUGUCUGUUCGUUCGAGAGCAGUGACAAGGCGCUGCAAGAAGGCCUGAGCCAAGAAGGAGCCAUCAAUGCCGGUCUCCGGCCCCGGCCAGGGCUCGCCCUGGUCGGCCAGUCGCCCUGCUGA